CGAGCACGUGUGGGAGAGGCGUCCUACCGUAAUACUUACUGUAUGCCGCGGGCUGCAUGAGGAAUUCCUACCGUAAUGCCGCUAUAGUGCACGCACAUUACCGCCUCUUUAGUAGCAGUAGUGUGUUAGGGGCGGUAAUGUGGUCCUGUCCUCACUGUGCGGGCGCUGUCCAGCUGUGUGUGAGGGUUUUACCUGCCGGACAGGACGCUGGACUUUAGUUUCGGGGCUGAAUGCAGCGGAGGAUGGAGGAUACAGAAUCCCGGGAACCUCUGGGGAACCCGGAGCCCAAGACAGGGAUGUGGGAGCGUGUGGGCUGCCUGAUUAGAAAGCUCUUCUCAUGGAAUGUGUUUAAGAUCCUCGUCCUGGGACAGAUGUUGUCAUUGUUUAUAUGUGGGACGGCGGUGACUAGUCAGUACCUGGCUGAGAUCUAUAAAGUGGACACUCCGAUGCUGCAGAGCUUCAUCAACUACUGCCUGCUGUUCCUGGUCUAUACUGUCUGGCUGGACUGUGUUGGGAUUCCUGUACUGAUGGCUCUUUCUUGGUUUAUUCUUCGCUCGAGAUACAGAUUGAUCCAUUAUCUCGCUGUUGUGGUAUGUCUGUUGGGUGUUGGGACGAUGGUUGGUGCGGAUGUGUUGGCUGGAAGAGAACAAGGCAAAGCCAGUGACAUGCUAAUUGGGGAUGCCUUGGUUAUUUUGGGUGCCGCUUUGUAUGCGGUUUCCAACGUGUGUGAGGAGUACGUUGUGAAGAACCUGACCAGAGAGGAGUUCCUUGGGAUGCUGGGCCUCUUUGGAACCUUUGUUAGUGGGAUCCAACUCAUGAUCGUGGAAUACAGUGCAAUUGGCGAUAUACAGUGGGACUGGAAAGUGGGCCUGCUGUUUGCUGCCUUUGCCCUGUGUAUGUUCAGUCUCUACAGUCUGAUGCCAGUGGUAAUAAGGAUUUCAAGUGCUACCUCCGUAAAUCUAGGCAUCUUGACCGCUGAUAUGUACAGCCUCUUGUUCGGCCUAUUUUUAUUUGGGUACAACUUCUCUGUGCUGUACAUCAUGGCGUUCGUCGUUAUCAUGGUUGGGUUCAUAAUGUACUGCAGCACUUCCACACACAGUGCCCAAAUCCCAGCGGAGGAGCAGCCCGACGCCCCCGGUGCUAACGACCCUGAGAAAGAGGGCGAGGAGCAGCCGGCCCUUAAUUUACAGUACAUUCCCGAGGAACUCUCAGCAGUGCGCGGCGACUAGACUAGAUUUGUUUUUAAAUUUUUGUGUUGCCUUCUGUACAGGAGACACGGGACACUAUUUUAUAUAACAUAUCCCAAGUUUUAAAACCUAUUCCAAUUAUUUUUAAUACAGACUUUUUAUGGCCGUAUAUAGAUGACAUCUUUUAUAUAGAGAGAGAGACAUUUUUAUUGUGUUUAAAAGUCCAGCGUUUUUGCUGCUGGAUUGUUGAUGAGAGCCUUGUGUCAAGGAAAUGUAAACAGCAGCCUCCUGUGAAGGUCACAUAGCGAAGGAUCCCAGCAGGCUGAUCUCUUUCCAAAAGAUUUCUGCCAGCCUGACUCCUAGCAACAGGCAAAUGGCUUAUCUGUGUACGUCCCUAGGGUUGAAAGUGGCAACUAAAUUGGUGGCACACUCUGUGGUAGUGCAUGCUCCCUGUUAAUUGCACCUGCUACAUUCUGUUCUCUCUCUCUUCAAGUCAAGGAGAUAAAGGGAAAAUGUGAUGUAAGCAGAGACCAGACUCUGUGACAUCAUAUAGAAUUUUCCCGAUGACCUCAAAUGGGAUUGCAGUUGUUUUUAUAUGUAUUUUUAAUUCUUAUUUUAAGAUACAGGGGCAUUUAUGUAAAUAUUUUUUGCUGAUUUCAUCAUACCACCUGCCUACCUGGCACCUUAGUGUUGUGGUGCCAGUUGCAGGCGGUUGAUCCAUAUUGUGCUAAAGAGCAAAGAGGGUGAAGGAGCUGACACUCUUCCCUUCUGCAUGUGCCAAUGUCCCAUCUGCUAACCAAGAAGGGGUAUCGGCAUCUGCAGAUGGAACGUUUAGGGUGUGGCAUCAACAUUUGGAUUGUUGGCCAUGCAAAUGCCAUUUGCACAUCUAAAGCUGUAUUUCAGCAUAAUCUGCUAUGGGACUUAAAGGGGAACUAAAGCCUAACUACAGAAGUAGGUAGAAAUGUUGUACAUUUUGUUUUGGGUUUCUGUACCAGCCCAAGGCAACCUCAGCUCUUUAGCAGUAAAGAUCUGUGUCUCCAAAGAUGCCCCAGUAGCUCCCCAUCUUCUUUUUUGCUGAUUCACUGCACAUGCUCUGUGCUGCUGUCACUUGCUGAGCUUAGGGACCCACUCACAAUAUACAGUACACAUAGAAUAGAAAUGUCACAAUAUAAGGCUGAUUAGUAAUUAAUAUAGAUAAAUACUACAUGGCAGCACAGAAACCAGUGCAAUUAGCAUCAGAAUUUAAUAAUCAGCCCUGUAGCAUCAGCUUAUAUUACAGACCAACCUCAUUUUUCUUCAAAUUGGGGUCAUUGACCUCAUCUAAAAAACAAAUUCUCUGAUUAACACACAGUAACAAUACAUUUGUAGCCUUACAGUGUGUGGUUGCUAGGGUAAUUUGGACCAUAGCAACCAAAUUGCUGAACUUGCAAACUGGAGAGCCGCUGAAUAAAAAAACUAAAUUACUCAAACCACAAAUAAGAAAAAAUAAUCGGCUGCAGAUUUUUGCAGAAUAUCGCUCUCUACAUCAUAUCAAAAGUAAACUUAUAGGUGAACCACCCAUUUAAUGCCCAGUCCUCACCAGCAUGCCAGUGCAGCAAAUGGCUUAUUUUAUUGAUGUUUCUAUUCAUAACAUUUCUUUUAUUAGUCAUGUUGCUUCCAUUUCAGUCUCUCUGGACAUUUGUGAUAUUUUCAUGAAUAGUAUAAGGGAAAUUUCAAGUUUUCCCCUAAACUAGAUGGCUUAAAUUUAUAAUUUAAAAUGUAUUAUAAAUUUAGUUUUUUAUAAUUCAUCAACACUUUUUUGUACUUUGCACCCAGUCCCACAUCCCAUAAAUAAAGUAACUUCUGAUCAGAGACCAAAAAAUGUACUCUGCGCCUUGCAUUAGUACCCAUAUGCACACAUGUUUGUGUCUAUGGGUGCGAAAGACCACAUUUUUUACUUUGCACCUAUUUUUUUCUUUGCAUUUUGCACCCAGUCCCACAUCACAUAAAUAAGCCCAAGUAACUACUGAUCAGAGAUCAAAAUAUGUUUAGUGUAUGUUGCACCCUGUCCUGCAAUAGCACCCAUAGGCACAGGUGUUUGUGUUUCAGAAUGGAGCAUUUUGCACCCCUUAGUGCUCAAACCCUUGUAGCAGUGGAUCUGCUAAAUGACUGUCUAUCCUAAUGCAUGCUGGGAUGUGUAGUCUUUCAAGCGGUAGAACAGGAUAGUAACCGUGUAGUGGUAGCAGGUCAAAGAAAGGAACAGUAGCAAUGGUGACCGAUCAGGAGGGUGUGCAGUGUGAUGGGUGCUGUUCUACCCUCUCACCCCUUUCUUACUUUAUUGAGCCCUACGUUUUAGAGGGUUAUUUAUUAAAGGUCGUGUUGUGUUCUCUUUAAAAUUCAAGUUUUUCGAGGUUCGUUUCACUAAAAAAACUCGACUUUUUCAAGACUUAUUAUGCCCCGAAGCUGCUAAAAGUCCGAAUCCGAAAAUACCCUAGCCAAAACCUGUCGAAUUCAUGUAAAUGUCAAUGUCAGAGGUCCCUUUAACCAUUUGAAGAUGUUUUUGCCUUCAUGAUUUUAGGGUAUUUCAAGGUGUACAACGUUUUUCAGUCUAUAAACUCAAGGUAUUCAAAUUUUUUUACAGAAAGAAUCAGAAUGUAAAAAAAUUUGAUUGAAUGCAAACUUUAGCGUUUGUUUAAAUUGUGAGUUUAUUUGAGGUUGAAAAAAACUCACAAACCUCACAAACUCUACCUUUAAUAAAUAACUUCUUAAAGGGCAUGUAAAGGCACAAAAAUAAAAUCCCAUUUUUAAUUUCUUUAAUGAAAAAGAAACCUAUCUCCAAUAUACUUUAAUUGAAAAAUGUGUACCGUUUUUAUAAGAAACCGGGCUGUAUAUAGUGAAAUUCUCCCUUUAUUUAAUUGUCAGACGGUUCCUAACUGCUCUGCAGGGAAACAAUCAUACUUAUGAACAGCAGGGGGAGCCCCCGCCUUACUUCCCAGCCAUGCAGAACUCAAGCAGCUUUGUUUGUUUCCCUGUAGAGCAGUCGGCGACUGUGUAGAGAUUUGUAUUGGAUUUUAUUUUUGCCUUUACAUCCCCUUUACUGUUUCCAGCUGCAGGGACAAAGAUCAUGGAGCCAGAUUUAAACAGAUAAACUGGGAUUCUGUUCGGAGGAUUAUUUUGCUGCAGCCACUGGUUCUGCAGAGUUGGAGAAAGUUUGUAUUAAACAAUACAAAAACUAUAAAAUCCACAUUAGAUUACAUGACAACACAGAACCCAGUGCAGUCUGUAUAUUCUUGCUGUAUCGGCUUCUGGCAGAUAUUAUUUGACUUGUGCUUUUUUGAUAAUUUAUUAUGAUCCAUAAGCAGUCCAGACACACUGAGCAUGUGCACAGUCUUGGUCUUGCAAAGAUGUAUAACAAAGUUACAAGAUGGUGACCCCCUGUGGCCAACUUUGAAAGCAUAAAUUAUUUGUUUGAUUAGACUUGUGGUGCAGUAAGUUCAUGUUUAUGUUUAGUGUACAAAAUACAGCAUUUCUAGCCUUAUUCUAUUUUAGACUUUACUUCCCCUUUAAAUGUAAUGACUGAACCAAAUUCUAAUUUGCAUAAUCAGAUUAGGUAGGCAAAGGGAAAAAGAGAAAAAAAAUACUGAACCAAAUAUUUUUCCAUGACUAGCAGCCCAAAGUUGCCAGUCGGAAGGUCAAAUUUACUGGUCUGUGCACCAAUUACUCAUAGAGCCUUGGUAGAGAUUCUACUUUUGCAAUUCAAAGUUAAGUAAGGCAGGACUUGUUCUUGGGAAGCAAUACCUACACACUGUGUUCCACAGAAAACUUUUUCCAAACCUGCAAUUCUGACAGUCUGUUGUGUUUUGGAUUCCCCAUGGAGGGAGAGAAGCCACAGAGAAAGGGGAUAUUUUUACAAAGGCAUUGACGCAUCUGUGAAUCAUAUUUGGGAAUUCAGCAGAAUAACAAAUAUUAUUUAUCUUGAUUUUUAGACAAAUUUGCCCCUCUGGUAAAUCACCUGUAUAUUCUUUGCUGCCCUGUGGAUUAUACAGGGGUCAAUUUUUAUUUUUUUAAAUGAUUCUGUAAAAUUGUUAUUUAUGAAUAAAUCAUAAUGUAUCAAAAUAAA